AAUUUGAUUGCAGUGUUUGUUUCCGAUAUGGUUUAGAAUUCUUUCGCAAGACUUCUGACUUGCACGGACCAUUUGUUAAAUUUAGACUUUAGUCUAGAUUUCAGGCCUUACACUUUGCGAACUUGAGCCCUUUGGUUGCCAUUGCGCAAGAAUUGAAAUGUAAAAAGGAAAAAAAAAACUUUCUUCAAAGCAGCAACGUAGACUCUAGUCUAGACUCUUUAAGUUUAACUCUACUUUUCUCUAGUCAUUAAUUAAGUCAAGUCUAGUCAGGACUUACUUAGACUUACUAAACUUACUUGACAGUCUUGACUUAGGACUUAGAUCUAGAGAUCUAGAAAUAGUAGAUUAUCUAGAUUACCUAUUCGCACUUACUUGACUUAGUCUUAGUCUUUAAAAUUAAAUUUAGAUCGAUAUCUUUGGACCGUAUACAGAAUUUUCAUAUUUACUAGUGGAUGGUUCACUGACAUCAGAAGCACAUAUUUUGAACUAUUUGCACUUAUCUCUCAGUUCCUCAUUAACUUUUAUUGAGUGCUCAAAAUAUAAUCUAAAAAAAAAGAUGUCGUACCCUGUCUACCCCAGUGCAGUACCUCGAGCAGCCAAUGAGUUUCUCUCAAAAGUAGAACUGUACAUUGAAUGUAAAAAUUUGCUGAAUCGUGAUGUAAUGUCCAAGUCAGAUCCCUGUGCAGUUCUCUACAUGUCUCGUAAAGGUGGUCCAAUGGAUGAGAUUGGUCGAACUGAGAAUGUAAAGAAUUGUUUAGAUCCAAAGUUUGCCAAACCUAUCACUGUCAAUUAUUACUUUGAGGAGGUUCAGAAAAUAAAGAUAGCUAUCUAUGAUGUUGACAACACGACCUACACAUUAUCUGAUGAUGAUUUCCUUGGCCAACUGGAAUGUACAUUGGGAACACUGGUGUCCAAUAGUCCAUAUGUAAAACCAUUGCUGAUGAAAGAUGGGACCAAUAAAGCUGGUAAUGGUCAGAUGACUGUGAGAGCGGAAGAAGUUAAAGAAGGUGGUGAGGUGGCACAGAUCAUGUUCAAGGCCAAAAAGCUAGACAAUAAGGAUUUUAUGGGUAAGUCUGACCCUUACCUUGAGAUCAUGAAGCCAACAAUAGAUGGUGGAUGGCAAGUCAUUCAUCGAACAGAGGUUGUUAAAAAUAAUUUGAAUCCAUCUUGGCGUCCAGUCAAUAUCUCUGUACACAGUUUAUGUGGAGGUAACAGACAACAACCGAUUAAGAUUGAUUGCUAUGACUGGGACAGUGAUGGCUCCAAUGACUACAUUGGAGGUUUUACAACAACACUAGAAGAAAUACUCAAGUCAUCUGCAGGAGAGAUUUCAUUCCCUUGCAUCAAUCCCAGCAAGCAAGCUAAGAAAAAAAAUUAUACAAAUUCUGGCGUUAUCUUUAUCUCCUCAUGUCAGCUUGUUAAAGAACACACAUUUUUAGAAUAUGUUUUUGGGGGAAUGCAAAUAAAUUUUACAGUGGGUAUAGACUUCACAGCAUCAAAUGGCAAUCCUUCCCAGUCUUCAUCCCUUCACUACAUCAAUCCCUAUGCUCCUAAUGAAUAUAUGGCUGCUAUUAAAGCUGUUGGAGAAGUGUGUCAGGACUAUGACUCAGACAAGUUAUUCCCUGCUUUAGGUUUUGGUGCCCGAAUUCCACCAUCUACUCAAGUAUCCCAUGAAUUUGCAAUUAACUUCAAUCCUCAGAAUCCAUUUUGUGCAGGUAUUGAUGGAGUUCUAGCCGCCUACACCAACUGUAUACAGUACGUACAGUUAUAUGGUCCCACCAUUGUUUCACCCAUCAUCAACCAUGUGGCAAGGUUUGCACAGGCUGCCCAGCAGGAAGAGCCAGCCAAGGGAGCACAUGCUUACUAUGUACUCCUUCUUCUGACUGAUGGUGUGUUGAGUGAUAUGGGAGACACCAAAAAUGCCAUUGUACAAGCCAGCAAGCUACCAAUGUCACUCAUCAUUGUAGGGGUGGGCAAUGCAGAUUUCUCUGACAUGAAUGAAUUGGAUGGUGACAAUGGUGUUCUUAAGUCACUGUCUGGAGAGCCAGUUAAAAGAGACAUUGUACAAUUUGUCCCCUUUAGAGAAUUUAAACAGAAGUCACCAGCAGAAUUGGCUAGUCAUGUCCUAGCAGAAGUCCCCAAACAAGUCACAUCCUAUUAUAAAAUGAGAGGUAUUAAGCCAAGUCCUCCUAGGGUUGCUCCAGCAGGUCCAGUCUACCCUGGACAGGCUCCAGUAAUGCCACCUGGGCCAGCAGCACCAUCACCAGUAGUUUAAAGCAUGUAGACUUGUGUCCGUUAUGACAUCAUUCUUGUUUUUUGAGUCUUAUGUUGUUUUGUUGAUGUUUUUUUUUUCUACUUUUAUUCUAAUUGUUGUUGUUUGAUGUUUUUACUUUUUGAUGUGAUCUCUUCUUUAUGGAUAUAUGUUAGACAAUUACAGUUCCAAUUUUGUUUUCUUUCAAGUCUUCAGGUUUAUAUUUAUUUUUAUUAUUUUAAAGUGUUUUUUUUUUUUAAUUAAUCAAAGCCAAAAUGUUUUGCUCUAAGUACAUGACUCGAAAACACAUUUCAAAUGAUAAGGUCACCUCAUAUUAGGUUGAGAAUGUCUGUAAAAGCUAUAAGUCUGAUUCUGUCAGAUAUGUUUGUAUUAUUUGUAAGACAUACAUUCACAUUUAUUCAUUCUAGAACUUAUUAGGUUAUACUCAGCAAUAUUAAGGUUUUACCCUCAUUUAUUACCAAAUCUUUAACUUGGUAUUACACACGAGAUCACUUCAUUUCUUUUAUACCAUCUCUGGUGUAGGAAAACUGUGCAACAUAUAUUAUAGGUGUUGAACAAAUGAAUUCCAAAGAACAACAUGUACAUAUAUUUAGUACAAUAUAAAGAAAAAAGUCAUUUGGCAGUAUCAGACCAAUUUGACUUGCUCAAGUAUUUAUCUUCUAGUGAAGUCACUCUCAAUAUUCUAUAUUACGUGCACCAUUUUGUUCUACAUUCUUUUACUAUUAUUGUAGUACUUGUAAUGUGUAUUUUACAUCAUUUAAAUUUGUGUCUUCAUUUCUAUCAGCUUAUUAUUGUAGUUUUCAUUUACAAUGGACUUGUUCAUUUAUUUUGCUAAAUUUCUGUUAAUUGUAUUCAAUGGGCAUAUCAAGUUUAUUCAUUCUUUUAGUAAAACACAUUUUUUUUUCAAUAAACUUCUAAACAUUGUUUUAACAUGGUAUGUAAUGUUAUUAUCUAAAUGAUUUUAUUAUCACAAUGUUUUAUACAAAUAUUUAAAAACAUUUCCUCUGGUUUUAUGUUCAGCUUUUGGAUUAUAAUGCCAAGACAUGUUACCUAUUCAUUGAUUUGAAGGUUGCACCAAAUUGUUGCAUAAGAAUACUUGAAAACUGCAUUUACAUUAUUUUUUUAAAGCCAAACUAUUAUCUUCAGCACCUUGCUAUGAACUUAAAAAUUAUUGUUACACAAUUUCUUUGAAACGUUAUGGAUAAUUGUUUAAAUGUUAUUUCAUAAUUGAUAUGCUAAUUAUUUCAAAUAUCUAAAUAAGCAUUAUUGAAUGCCCAUGUGUCAAAAUUUUUUAUACAUCUAUGCAUAGUAUAUAUAUAUUUAUAUUCAGCUAAAACAUGGUUCCCAUUUAUCUUAGUUUGAUCCACAAGCAAAGUUAACAUGGCAAAAAGAUUUCUCUUGUAUAGAAAAGUAUCUCAGGAUUUCUGUUAUUUAGUUUAAAGUAGAAGUACUUAGGCAUUACUGCACUUGGUCAGUGAUUUUGUUUCUAGCAGCUUAAACAAUGUAUGUAUGCUAAACUUUCCUGAUUUUGUUUCUAGUUGAUAAAUGUAUGUAUGCUAAACUUUCCUGAUUUUGUUUCUAGUUGAUAAAUGUAUGUAUGCUAAACUUUCCUGAUCCUCCUGGCAGAAUGCUGUGAUUGUAUAGAACUGAAACUCAAAAUUGGACAAUGAACUGUUCACUUACCACAGUGACUGUUCACAUUCGUUUUGACCUCUAUGUUCAAUGUGAAUGGGGCUUGGGGUUCAUUAUGAAUGUACAUUUUACUAGAGAAUUCUUUUGUUCCUGUAAUUUUUUUCUUUAAUCAGACUUUUUUUUUAAUUCACAAAAUAGGUCAAGCUCUAUGUUACAUUACUUCAAUAAAAAAGCUAUCUUAGGAUACAAAGUGAAAUGUAUCAGAGAAUUGUAUUGUACCAUAGGUAAUAGACAUAUACGAUACCACUUCAAUUAGUACUGUGUUCAUUGGCUGAUCAUUCAUCUGUUUAUGUCAAGACUCCUCUAAGCAAUAUGUCAAAUCCCUCUGCAGCUGUUACAUGGCCCUUUGUUAAACAACUUCUGGUAGAUCUGAACCUUUUUUUUUCUUUCUUGUUUUCUAUGUUAGAAGUUUCUGUUUGAUGUUGGUGAGCAAUACACCAGUAACUUUCAUCCAUGUUGAGGAGGCCAUUGCUGUUUAACCCUUUUGCCAUUAUGAAUAACUAUGCUUGUCACCUGCUGUAAUUUCACUGUGUCAAGGACACUGCCUGGUUUUAGUGUCUGGCUUCUAUCAUUAUGUUGGCAUCAGUCUAUCUAUAUGUAUGGACCAUUAUAACUGACAUCUGUAUCAAAUUAAUAUUUUCUUUUUUAUGCAUAGACUUAAAGUGUGUUCAAAAAUUAAGUGUUGUAACGUUAUGUAGACCAAAUUAAGAAGUUUGUUUUUCAUUUCUGUAAAAGUUAUUGGAGCUUACAGGAUUUCAUGUAUAUAAUAAAACUAUAAAGCUUUGUUUCAUACAUUAGCCAUUUCUAGUUUCAUUCAAAUCUGCUAGCAUUUUAGUCAUUAAAACAAAUUGAGGUUAAAUUAUUAAUUUUUUUGGUCGAAUCCUGAACAGUUAUGUCUAUAAGCUAGUUUAUGUCUACUAAUGUGUUUUAUCAAGUUUGACCCCUGUUCAUAAGGAAAUUUGGGUAAGAAUAAAAUAAACUCAUCACAUUUCAUAAUGUGUAGAAACAAAUUUCGAUCUAUAUUUAUUUACAGUAUAAUUGUUAAUAUUGAAUCGUUUUGUUUUUUUGUUUUACCUUUUGUUCCAAUCUAGCAAUCUUGUAUUUUUAUGUGUGUGCUCAUUUUUACAAGUCUAUUUUUGUACACUUGUUUCCCCAAUUACUAAAAUAUGCUACAAAUUAUUUCAAUUUUUAAAUUAUUGUUUUUUUGGGCAAUACUUAACUUCAGAUAAGAUUUUCAUUGCAGGCAAUUUCCUUUUCUAUAGCAAGUAGAUGUCUUCCCUAACAAAACAUCACCUUCAUUUGCUCAAAAAUGUCAUUUGUUUUGUUUUUUUUGUAAUAUGCAAAAUUGAUAAACCUUUUUUUUCUGUUUUGUGACAUUUAUAGAGCUUUGACUUGUGUGUCUAGUCUUUUUUUUUUUAUUUUUUUUUUUUUAUAACUUUAGAUUAUAGAGAUGGACAGUUUUAUGUCAGCUUAUAUUGUUUGGUUUUUAUUCAAUUGAAAUAUAAUGAACUGACACAUUUUGAAGACAAUCUCUUUAAGUGAUGUAUUUUUGUAUGAUUCAUUGGAUGUGACUGUUUUUUAAAUGUAUUUGUUGAUAAAUUUUUUUUUAUAUAGACAUUUAUAUGUAUACUUUAUAUUUACAUAUAUAUCUUCAUAUACAUUGAUGCAUUCAUUUGAUUUUGUCAUAGAAUCUAAAUAUAAAUAAAGAACAACAAACACU